AUGCUUAUAUUACGCCUGAUAUUUUUAAUUAUUUAUUAUUGGUCAUUGAAAAUAAUGGCCCAACAAAAACCAAUCACAAUGGUUACAUUGGGACGUCCAUUUCAUUUGGGUAUGCUUUAUGAUGUUCGUAGAGAUAAGAUAAUCACUGGCACUACUUUGUGGGAGCCGCAACACUUGGCGAACCAUACAAGCACACAUAAACAACCAUAUACUGGCUAUAAAAUUAUCGCUGAAGAUUCAUUUCAGGAUAAAGUACACGCUUUAGGAGUCGAAGCUGGUUUGAAAUUAAGUAUGCUUAGUGGUCUAAUCAGUAUCUCAGGUUCUGCAAAAUAUGCUGAGGAUUCUCAAAGAACAAACCAUGAAACCCGCCUGACACUAAAAUAUUCAACUACAACACAUUUUGAACAAUUAACAAUGAAAUACCUUGGUAAAGGUAAUUUGAAUCAUCCAGAUUUACAUGAUAUAGAUCUUGCAACACAUGUCGUUACUGGUGUCGUUUAUGGCGCCGAAGCAUUUUUUGUAUUUGAUCGUACAUUAUCGAAAGGUGAAUCUAGAAAAGAAAUUGGUGGUACAUUAAAAGCGAUGAUUAACAAAAUACCAGCAUUUAAAAUCGAGGGAGAAGCUAAAUUAAAUUUGACCGAUCAAGAAAAGAAUUUUGUUGGUAAGUUGAACUGUAAAUUUUAUGGUGAUUUUCAUUUGGAUAAAAAUCCAAGCACGUUUGCUGAAGCUGUUAGAAUCUAUCGCGAAUUACCGUCACGUUUAGGUAAACGCAAUGAAAACUCUAUACCAAAAAAGGUGUGGCUCUAUCCAUUAAGUUUAUUGGAUUCUAAAGCGAUGCGAUUCGUUCGAGAAAUUUCAUCGAAACUGGUUGAUUCCUCAAUAUCGGUGAUUGAAAAUCUGCAUUCGUUGGAAGUACAAGCAUUAGAUUUAUCAAAGAAUUCAAUAUUUACACAUUUUAAUCAUAUGAAAGAAGAUUUACUGGAUUUUGCCGCGCGAUUGUCGGAAUUCCAACGUGAUUUGAAAGAAAAGAUCGGAUUGUAUCUACCAAAAUUACGUGGCAGCACUGGUAUUGAAGAAUCUAUUUUAUUUAAUUUAUUUAAACAAGUUGAUUCAUCACCAUUUAAUAAGCGAAAGUUAGAGUCAUGGCUUAAAGAAAAGCGAGAAGCAAUCGCGAUAAUCACGACAUUGGUCGAAAACCUCACCAAAGAUAGAAGCUUUCAUAUUACGAUUGGAUCAUCGUCACUAUCUGAAGUCAUUGGUGACACUAGAUAUGAUUAUAUUUGCUGCCUUUCAUUUCGUUUCAUUGAAAAAGAUGAUCCGCAACUUAGUGAUAUGGACCAUUAUUUAUAUAAUAAGAGCAAAGUUAACUCGUCGCAUGGUCGCCAAAAACGCAAACCGUGGUUUGAAGACCGUCGUCUUGUGCCGAAAAUUCGCAAAAACAUACGACAAUUUAUAGAGUUUGCUGAAGCGAACAACGUUGAAAAUGGAAAAAUAAAAUUUAUUGUUGAUGAACAAUAUUCAGUUAAUCAUGUUAAUAAAAGCACUAAACUUAUUCUCUACAACAAUGGAUCAGAACACGAAGGCUUUAUCAUACCAAGUAAACCAGAGGCGCCGUAUGCGAAAAAUGUUACAGACAAUAGUGUAACAUUAGGAUGGGCAGAUGCAGCUGAUGGAACUGAAAAAAUAAGGAAAUACAAAGUUAUGUAUCGGAAACAUAGUGAUGCAUCAUUUGUUGAUAAACAUGAAAAUGAGAAAGAAGAAAAAUGGUCGGAAGUUUACACAAAUGCGAAUCAAAAGGAGUUAGUUAUUUCGAAUCUGCCGUCAAAAGCCACAUUUGUAUUCAAGGUGCAAUCUAUCACUGUAAUUGGAUUUAGUGCAACCAGUGGUCUUAGCGAACCGAUAGAAACACUCACAAAGAAAGGUAUUUCCAUUGGUGUCAAACUUGAUACGUCAUUCAUGAUUAAUCACCUCAACGAACCAACUGUAAUAGCACGUUGA